AUGUGCUCCCCCACCGGCUCCGGCUACUGCAACCUGGGUAUCGCUAGCUACAUGCCUUCGUCCGGGACCAAGAUCCGCGAGGUGUUUGUGUACGACCGGUACUGCCGGGGACUCGGAGCGCGACCUUUUGAUAGCGACACGGGCAAAUGGACCGUCUACUCGUUGCUUCCGUGGACGGUGGAGUUGACCGUCACCGGCGGGGGCAGGGUGCCGGAUGGCUCGUUCAUGUAUGCGGGCCGGAAGACAGACUUGGGCAAGAAGAUGUACUGCAGGGAAUGUUCGGGGGUUGGUGGGUGGGAGUGUUGUCAGGUUGCUUUUGAUUGUCAUUAG